AUGUCUUCCUCAUCGAACACUGCUUUCAAAACGCUUAUAUCGCGUUGCGACAAUACUAGUCUCUAUGAGUACACGUCGCGCUUCAUUCCAGAGCUGGCUCUCCUAGGCUACACAGAUGUAGCAGCGCGCCUGGUAGGCAGACUCAACAACUAUGACUUCUACCACGACCGACUCGGAAGCCUUCGGCCACUUUGGUUCCUUUGGGUGCUGCGUGCGAAGGAAGACGGUGCACCAUGGCCUGAUGGAGAAGAAGAUAAGGUGCGCCGAGCUGUGAGGGAUAGACGGGCCAAGAUCAGCAGCGAUGAUGCUCGAACGAGGAACGACGAAAUGAUAACACCAGAGGACUUACAGGAAGAGCUGCAACUUAUCGCGAAGGAGUUCGCGUUGAAAUGGUAUAAGCCGACUGUGAUGCCGGGGUCAGGACCUGCCGAGGCACUCCACGUCCAUGAGCUUGAUCGUUCACCCACUACUUCUCAGAUGCUUGAUAGUGCGAGAGACGCCAUCCAUAGUUUGGAGACUGCAAGUCCGGCACCUACGACCCGAGACGUGAGAAGCGGGCUGGUGCGCAUACUGGACCUGGUCUUAUCGGCUGAAGCAAACCAUGAACAGCCCGGGAUGGGCGAAACACUACGUCAGUCGGGCACCCCGCCCUCCCACGAGUUACUAAGUUGGCUGGCGCAUAGCUUUGGGGAACGUUCGUACGAGACUCAGCCAGCAAUGGAGUCCAGGCAGGCAUGGAAGCUAUAUAAAAGCGGAGCGCUGAAACAGCACCUCAACAUUGAUGAAGCAGCGCUCGCAACCUUUGCAAAGGACUUCGAAGACGCUUUGACCGAUCGACUCACGAACGGUCGAACUAGAACGAGAGCAGAUAUUCCCAUUCAUGAACUCUUGAAAGCGGCAGAAUACAAUACAAAAUACAAUGCCGAAGCCAAAGAAGUCAAUCCCAAGCCCGCCGAAACCUCGCUCUUUCACUCUCCAGCCACCGACUCGCAGAUUGAAGAAGCCGAAACACGGCUCAACACCACCUUGCCAGCCGACUACAAGACCUUCCUCAACAUCAGCAACGGUUUUGAUUCUCCUUGUGGGCACCCACUAGGCGACCUCCAAACACCGCUCCAUCCCGUCGAUAAACUGCGCUGGCUCAACCCCGCAGAAGAAGACUACUUCACAGAUCUCACGCUCGACCUACCCACUCGAUGGGAUAAAUGGCCUUUCGCACCCCCUCCAACUAAGAAGGCCUAUGCUUGCGACGAAGAGACAGAGCAUUUCCUUAUCGGUCGCGCAUUAGAAAUCGGUACGCAGGAGAUUGAUAAUGCGUGGCUUCUCCCGCCUUCUUCCAUUACGCCGAUAAAGAAGGCUGUGAGGAAGAUGCUGGACGAUAAGACUCUGGGCGAACGCGAAAAGAACAGUGUAAGAGUUGCAAUAAGGGAUUUCGCGGGUAGCGAAGAGGAAUGGGAGCAGAUGGAGUGGGCGUGUGUUACUUGGGCUAGUGGAGGGGUGGCGGCUAUGUAUGUUUAUCCGGGGUUUAGGGCGUGGCUUGAGGAUGUUGUUGAGAAGGGGAGGGUUGGGUUGGAUGGUGAGGAGGAGGAAGAGCAAGAAAAUAUGUUGAGGCGUGGGAUGUGGCUGGGGAGAGUGUUUCAGAAUGGAGAGAGCGGGGAUCAAUUGGACGCGGAUAGAGACGGAGAGGAACUGCCAGAGUGGCUGAAAAACGCGAUUAUAGCGGCGACACCGACAAAAAGUUAUUGA